AUGAAACUCGAGUUGUUCUGUAUUGUGAGCCUGCCGCUUUUGGCCUUGGCAUGUCUCUUACCCGAAGAGAGAUAUGGACUACCAAGAAUAGUUCGUCGCCAAUCAUCAAGCAAUGGCAUUCCAAUUGCAACAGGUGACCGAUACAGCGGCGGUACCAUUGCACCACGAGGUCUUGGGACGCAGUCAGUAACGCUGACUUCCCUCCUGAACGUCAACGAAAUUGCAAGCGGACUUAGAGGUCUUGCUUCUGUUUACGGGAUUUCCACUUUCACUACUCCGUACAAGACGUAUAACGGUGCAACAAUUUCAGGUGGGAAGGCUGGAGCAAAUGGAACAUGCAACAACGCGUAUCGCGUAUACUUGAAUGCGGCCAUCCACGCACGCGAGCGUGGAGCUUCCGAUGGACUCUUGUAUUUUAUCGGAGAUCUGCUUUAUGCCAACAAGAAUAACGUCGGGCUCAAGUACGGUUCCAAAACCUACACCAAUGCUCAAGUGAAGACAGCCUUGUCCACUGGAGUCGUCUUUGUCCCAUUGAGCAACCCCGAUGGCGUGGCCUACGAUCAGUCGAGUAACAGCUGCUGGCGCAAGAACCGUAAUCCAAAGUCAUCCACUGGUUCUGCAGCUUCCAUUGGUGUUGAUCUCAAUCGGAACUUUGAUUUCCUGUGGGACUUUACCAAGCUGUUUGCAUCAAGUGUUCGAUCGUCUGUUGCAUCCACAAGCCCCUCUUCCGAGACAUUUCAUGGAACCAGUGCUUUCUCCGAGCCCGAAACCCAAAGCAUCAAAUGGGUCAUGGACACUUUCAGCAAAGUCCGGUGGUUCGUCGAUCUUCACUCCUACGCCGGUGACGUCCUCUACAGCUGGGGAAGCGACGAGAACCAGUCCAAAUACAGCACAAUGAACUUCCUCAACUCAAGCUACAACAGUGUGCGAGGUGUCUUGACCGACACUCCUGGCUCAGGAAACGGCUACGGAGAGUACACUCCAGCAGCCGAAAAUGCAGACAAUAUCAAGGCGGCGACUCGGAUGGGCAAUGCCAUGUCUACUGCAACUAGUCGUACCUACUCUGUCAUUCCAGCUGCUGAUUUGUAUCCCACCUCUGGAGCAAGCGAUGAUUAUUCGUACUCGAGACAUUUUGCUGAUCCGACAAAGAAUCUGAUCCAUGGGUAUACUGUUGAGUUUGGGUUUGGAAACUCGGCUGCGUCGUGUCCUUUCUAUCCUACACAAGCGCAGCAUAAUUUGAAUAUCCAGGAGAUUGGUGCGGGGUUCAUGGAAUUAUUGUUGGCGGGUGCAGAUAUUGGGCUUGGUGGUGCGGUGACUUGUUAG